AGUACAGUAUAUACCAGAGUGCCGACAGCCGAAACCGUCAUUCCCGGCCGUGUUGUCUCCCCGCUCACACCUCUCGCACUGUGCAGCCGCUAUCACACUCCACACGCCGCCCGUAUACAUACACUGUCUCACCCACACCACCGUCGCACUGUGCUUGUGUUGGCUGCUGUCACACCUCUCUCACAAGUCCCACUGCAGAAAAUAGGUGAUUUCAACAGACCAAGACAAAAAUAGUCCCUUCGCAGUGACAAAGCUUCGGGAACUCUGUAUACUAAAUCAUCUUGUACUGAAAGGUCAUUAAGUGGUUGAGUAGUUGAGUAUAGUUAACCCAUCAGUGAGUUAAUUGGUAUAGUUACUGAGGAAUUGCACUGUGACGACGGAAUUGAGUUGUGAAUUAAAUAAGUGUUUUGUGGUUUGGAUUCGUGACGGAUAUAGACAGUCAUUUAUUUUGGUGGUGUUUGGUUAACGAAGGAGAGAGUCUUGCACCUCUCUGAAGCCUCAAGAUGUACCACUACUGAAGCCUCAAGGUGUACCACUACUGAAGCCUCAAGGUGUACCACUACUGAAGCCUCAAGAGCUACGACUACUGGAGCCUCAAGGAGUACCACUACUGAAGCCUCAUAAAGAAGUUCCUCACUCCUCUUCUCUCAAGAGGUACCACGACUACCGAAGCCCUUUCGAGAUACCGAGAAAGUAAAGCUUCAAAGGUACCACUACCGUAUAUCCCAAACGAAAGACAAAUUUAAUAUAAAAAGGACAAUAAUACCGACAAUUAUUGGUCUUGAAGGAGAAGUAUUUACACCUGAUAAGACUCGCGUAAUUAACGACAGGAACUGAUUCUCUUUCUGAAUACGUAAUCAAGGUGUUGGCCAAAAGAACAUUCCAAGUGGCACUCCCGUUUAACAAGUGCCAAAGUACCCUAAAAGGAUUUCAUAAGUGGCACUUAAGUUAAGUAAGUGCCCAGGUACCUAAAACUAUUUCCUAAGUGGCACCCCCGUUGAAAAAGUGCCCCCAAGUGCUUAAGAGUACUUCCCAAGACGCACUGCCGUUGUGUAAGUCCCCGGGAAGGAGUACCAAUAAGUGCCUGAAGGUGCCACGGUCGAUUUGAGGACUGGGGCAACGUGAGGAGACGACGACUUAAUUAAGAACACCUUUAUAAUGGGCAGGCUGGCGGCGACGUUGCUGGUGGUGAUGAUCCUGGUGAUGGAUCUCUCGAGUACCCAGGUCGAGGCGUUCUCCCUAGGGCAGCUCUUCCCUGCCUCCAGACGCGGGGUUCGUGGGUCUUCCCUCAUUGGCUCUUCCUCUUCUUCUCCUUCCUCCUCCUCCUCCUCCUCUUCGUCUCACAAUGCCCUGCUGGAGGCUGUGAGGCAGGCGGCGUCAGGGAAGACCACAACAACGACGACGGCGACACCCAAGCCUAAGACGCAGCAGCUCCCCGUCACCAACUCCCCCAUCUACUACAUCAGGCUGCCACCCUCCCCCUACAUGUAUAUGCCAGGAGUGGGUUACGUCUCUCCCAACAAUAACAAAUUCAACUUCCUGCGGCCAGACAUCGACUUCAUCAACAAUGGCAAACCUUCCAGCGUGUACCACUAUAUGUCUACACCACCAACGACUACAGCCACUACUACGACUACCCCUCGGCCUACUACCACGACGACUACUACUACUACCACCACUCCCUCCACGACGACAGUUAAGCCAACAAAGCCAUUGCCAACCAAGAAGCCAAGCCAUAUUACCUGGCUUCAAGGACCCUGGUACUUCAAUGGUCGCCCCUCUAACCUCUUCAUCUUCAACUCACCUUACAAUCCCUCUCACUUUGAUAAGCUGCACCAGAGAUAUAACAAGCCAGGCAUCUACCUCAAGUAGUUGCCUGAUUGAUGAUCUUACUGGUAGAUAACCUCCAAAAAAUAUCUUACUCGCGACGGGGGGUGGGGUGAGGGUAGGUGCGGGUAGCUAAGUUAAACAACGCACAGAAAACGCAAGUUGUUUUUCAUAGAUGGGAAUCCUCUUUGAUUUUUGUUUUCUUUUAAUUUUGGGAUUUCAUAACACGUGAAUAAAAAAUAAAGAGAUAUAUUUGUUAGGGAAUUAUUGAGAAUAAUACCCAAAACAAUUAUGAUAGUCUUUUGUUAUUUUUAGAUGGAGGAUUGACGGAUAACGAACAUAAAACAGUAAAAAAAUACACAAAUCACUUACAAAUAAAGUUAAUUUAUUAAAAAUAAUAUAAACCAUAUAUGUAUUAUCGGUCAUCUUAAAUUAUAAUAAAUAAAAGUCAGGAUUUUAGUCAUGAACCAAAUCAAUAACUCGUAAAGUAUGUAAAUUUUCAUCAAUUACCUGACAUACGUAAAUUAAUUCAACCAGAAAGUGUUCCAUUUUAUUCAAACGAAAUUGCCCACUAAAAAAGAUCAUAAAAACCAAUUCCACGUUUUUUAUAAGAAAUACCUUUAUACAUAAUACAUCAAUUUAUUAUAAUACAACGAAAUACAACAUAGAGAGAUCAUAGAGUAAUAUAUUAAUGAAUAAUAUAUUAACCCACCUUGAUGUAUAAUUCGUGAAUAAGCUUGAAGAGGAAAAUGUAACGCCAUGACGUCAUCUAGGUUUAAGGGCUAACUUACAUAUAAUGUGUUGUGCCGCGCGUCAAUGAUUUCACACGGGAGGACUUGACGUUCACGGAAGGAUUAGGAUUAAGAGGAGUUUAUAGUGUGUCUGUGAGGAUGAUUGGACGUGGCUCCUGUUAGACUUGGACUUGUGUAUGAAUGCUUGAUCGUUAAUUAGUUAUAUCUGAUAUAAAUGAAGAGAAAACACGAAAAAUAGUGAAGUAUUGUACACUGGAAGCGGCGUCCAUUGUUGACUCCAGCGUAGAGUAAACAGUGUGUGUAAAGACAGAUAAACAAGUCAAUUAAUUAGACCAACGAUGCGUAGUAUGUUGACUUAGACGAUUUGAGUCAGUUUUGUAAUUGACCAGGUGAUAAAUAGGGCGUAACAGGUAUGGUAAGUCGAUUUAAAAUUCCUCAAUGCAUCGCUUGAGUAUUUUACAUCAAUACUUAUAAUCAAUGAUGCAAUAACUCUGUGUUGAUUGCAAGAAAUACCAUGUUGCAUGACGUUGCUGUAAAGUGAUUCAAUAAUGUGUGUUAAUAUUUAAAGGUCAAUCUUGCAAUGGUGUUGAAUGUAUGUCUUUGCAAUAACGUAUGUUGCAUUAGUCAACUUUUCAAUAUUUGCAAUAACGUAGAUAUGUCAUCCAUGUAGUGUACGCUUUAUGGACAGGCUGACAGACACAAAAACAGGUAGACAGACACAGAUAUUAAGACAAAUAAACAAGCAGACAGACACCAAUUAGUUCAGCCAGUCAACUCAGUUAUGGUAGACUGUUCCUAUUCUGUUAUAUAUAAUUGACCAGUCAGAAGUUAGUAACCAGUUAGUGUGACAGUCAGUUAAGCUAUAACAGUCUAUGCCGUAAAUAUUUUUUUAGAGAGUAAACUACCACCUUAUUACCUUAGUUUACCUGUAUACUAAUGUUAAUUUACGUUAGUUUAACUGUAUAUUGA